CUUUCGUCAAGAAUAAUGUCGGAGCCCGUUGUGGAGGAUGCGAGACCCAAAGGGAGCGCGUACAGGAAAGCCGCUCAGGCGCUGCCUAUUGCGGGCGCCAUGCUGUUCCUCUUGGCUGCAAUCGGACUGUUCUCCUUCUUCCUGGGUCACGGGAGCUCGGACGAGUUCGGCGCCGCUGCAAAGAUGAGGGUCGACGACAGCUCGACCACGGACACCGUGCUGGCAUUCCGCAGGGCGCUGGACGCCGAACGUCCGACGGACAGGACGGAACCGAUGCCGCUGCUGACCGACAGGGCGCAGAGGUACGGCGUCACCACUAUAAAAUUGGCGAGGAGGAAAAACGCCAUCAAGAACAUGACCAAGACUGUCACCAAGAAGAUGACAAAGAAAACGACUGAGACGCGUGCCAAGGGGGGGAAGACGAAGAAGCUAGCGACGACGCCAGCCAAGGGAGUGAGACAGAAGACCUCGAACACGAUGGCAAAACACAGAAGCGUAGAUAAGCGUAGUGGGCGCAGGACCACUGCGAUCGGUGCUCGAAAGAAGGGAUCGUUGAAGCCGGAGCAGCGGUCGGUGUCUAGUGAGGUCCCGCGGAUCGUCGUCACAAAGCAUCCGAAUACAAAGACUGUAGAACCCACUCGGAAGAAACUGCGGGGCAAGAUUAAUGCUCCUGACGCCGAGAAAACAUCGACGAAAGCAGGCGUUGUCGGAGAGGACGAAGCGCGCGCGAUAGCCGAAGACGUUGCCGACUACGAGGCUCUGGUGGCCGAGCAGCAAUCGGGAAUCGACGAACCCCACCAAACGGUAUAGCAGUCUCGCUGCUAUCGCGUGACGUGGUCAACGGUGAAGAUAACAUUCGACCUUAGUAAAGACGACAUCAGC